AUGGCAUCAUCAAUGGCUUGCGAGCGCGCGGACACCGGCGCCGACGACGUAGAUGACGGGCUGGGGGAUCUCCCCGACGACGUCCUCCUCGACGUGCUGUCGCGGCUGGUGAUGGCGGGCGAUGUGUACCAGAUCCCGGACCUCUCUCUCGACGUCGGCGACUUCUACCCGGACGCCGGCUGGUGCCCCGCGGCCGCGGUGUCCACGCACACGACGUGGGGAGGCGGCCGCCGCCGCUGGGAGAAGCAGUUCCAGGCGUACCAGCACCACGCCACGGCCGGCUUCAUCGGCGCGCUCUGGAGCUUCCUCGCCGCGCCGCCCAGCGUGCGCGUCAUCGGGAGCCUGCGGCUCAAGAUGAUCCUCACCAAGUACGAGCUCCUCCGCCGCGUCGGGCGGCUCGUCGGGGAAGCCAAACGCUCCGGCAGGAUCAAGGGGGGCAACGGCACCGGCGGCGCCAUCGUGGAGCUCGAGCUCCUCACGGAGAAGACGAACCUGAAGGACGCGGAGGACGAGCCGGCGGAGGUGAUGCUCGGCUACGGCGCGCUCUUCGCCCGGUUCCAGCGCGGCUGCCCGCGCGCGUUCCGGGCGCUCACGAGGCUCUCCGUGGAGAACCUCUGGUUCGAGGACCGGGCCGCCGUGAGCGACCUCGUCCGCCGCUGCGUCGCCCUCGAGCACCUCUCCCUGCGCUUCUGCGGCUUCGAGCCGGCGGCCGCCAUGGCCAUCGACCUGCCGCCCGAGUCGCGGCUCAGGACGCUGCUGUGCGUCGAGUGCCACGUGCCGGGCGUGGACCUCGUGCGGGCGCCGAGCCUCGUGGAGCUCCACUGCGGGUGGCGGCUCGUCGAUGGUGCCCCGCCGGCGUCGUUCGGGCACGCGCCGGAGCUCAGGAAACUCACGCUGCACUACCAGCAGUACGAGGACCAGGAGGAUCUGUGGCUGCUGAGCGAGUUUCUGGUCAACAUCCCGCGCCAGUUAGAGUUGCUCACGCUCUCGUUUGAAUUUACCAAGAUUUGGGUGCAACCUGAAGCUCCGAAAUACCUGAGAGUAGCAUUCGGCAGGCUAAAGGAGCUGCAUCUGGAGAAGAUCCAUCCGUCCUGCAACCUCUCGUGGGCAACCUUUCUGCUCGAAGCCGCGCCACUCCUGGAGACUCUCCGCGUCAAGGUCUUGAACCACGCGUGCAAGCCCGACUGGCACAAGAAGCUCGCUCCCUCGGACACGGACCACUCGGAGGCUGCGCCGCCGCCGUCGCCGGGGUUCGCGCACCGCGGUCUCAAGGAGGUGGCGAUCCGCCGCGCGUUCCACGUGGCCAUGGACGCACCCUUCGUGAGGACGGUCGUGGGGAUGGCCGUGAACCUGGAGAGAGUCACCCUGAGCGUGGAGGAGCUCGGGUGCAACGCGUGCGCGGCCGCCGAGGAGCGGCGGCCGAAGCUUGCCAGGUCCCGGUGCAGGCCGGCUGGCGCCGGAGCUGGCGGGGACGAUGCUCAGGCGCUCGUGGAGAGGAUUAUGGGUGGCCUCGCCUCGUCUGCCCGGAUAACCAUACUUCGAUCUGGUUAAUUUGGUUUGGUUUCGGUCGACUAUGCUAUUGCGUUGCUUGGUUGCUUGUUAAUUUGGUGUUUCUUAUGGUUAGCAGCCGUUCCGUGGCAUGCUGCUGUUGGACUGAAAUCUGGUAGGUACUGGGAUAUACUACCGCUGUUUUGAAAUAUAAGAUGUUACAUAGUUUUGUCC